AUGGCUGACCCUAAUGGCAAAAAUCAGAAGUCUCUGUUUUUUGUGUCUUUACCUGAAUUUCGAAAACUGUGCACUGUGAGGAUAUCGUUCUCAAGUAACUCUUCAAACAAUGACAUUAGAAGUAAACAGAUGAAAAUAUGCAGAGAACUUGUGCUCCUUUUCCCUGGCAUUCUUGUUUCUCCAGGGCAAGAAACCUGUAGUGAACUGAUCACAAUAAUGUCUACACAGUUUUUUAAAACUGGAAACAUGCAGGCCUACACUCAAAGACAUGAAGUUCAGAUGGAUUCUCCUAAAAGAGUUUUUCCUGGUGAGCUUCAGACAUGCCUGACAUAUACACUUAUAGCAAGACUUGCUCCGAACUGGAACAAAGCUGGACAUUUACUUAUUCAAGGAGUGAAUUUUAUGACAGAAAGUGGAAAACAGAAUGCUAUUGACAUGGAACUGAAUGUUACUGAAACUCAGCUCUGUAUAAGCGUGGAGGUUAAUACUAUUCGUUUGCCACCAGCAAAGAUGGAAGACUUUGACAUUUUUGUGAAUUCCCUAAGAGACUUCAUGAAUGACAGAAAUUCUGAAAUUCCAGAGUUCUCCUUGAGUAACAACUGGUGUUAUGUAUUACCAAGUUUGAAGAUGGGUCAAAUAAUGAAAAUCAGUCAUACAUUUUCCCCGGAAUGUCCUUUUCAGUCAUAUGAGGAGAUUAAAUUACACUGGGACAAUCUGUAUGGCUACAAGCUACCCCAAAAUGAAGAAAUCUAUUGCAAUGUGUACUUCAAACUUAUUGGAGAAAAGUUGUUCACGUAUCCUUUGAGUGUUUCCCAGUGCAGGCCAUUCAGUCUUACCCAUAAUACUUUCGACAAAACCUUUUUGACACAGCUGCCUUACAACUAUCUAGAUUAUCCAUCCGGAAAUAAAACUGUGAAACCAUAUACUCAGCCGAUGCAAUGCUCAUCUCAGCCACCUCCAAAAUCUACUGUGGAAUGCACAUCUAACUAUGUAUGUAGAAGUCAAAGUGAAGAAAGGAGAAUUACACCUAGGUUUGACCUUUCAACAGCAUUUUUCUACAGAGCAAAAAGCAGAAUGAUUCCAGUUUUUCAUACCAACGCAUAUCAAAAGACCCCUGAUGAUACUAAGUUUUUACUUGAAAAGAAAGAGACAGUUUCUUUGGAAACAUCCAGCCAAACUAAAAGCACAUUCUCUGAAGAAAAUAAGAGAUGUCGCCCACAUUUGCAAAGGCCACAUUCGUAUGCCAAACCUGCAAAUAUUCCACUAAAACUAAGUACUAAAUGUUUACAGAAUGCCAAUAUAUAUAGUUCAUCCUGCAGUAGUUGUGAUGAAAGAGCCUCAGUCAUAAUGACACAAGGUCAUAGCACCUUAAGCAUACAUUCAGAUCUCCAGACAUCUAAAGACAAAAGCAAGGACACUGGUGGAAGUUAA